AUGCAAAGUUCUCUGCUGCUCUUCCAGCAGGUCACGCACUUCACAUUUACUGUUAAUCUUCGUUACCGUCGAGACACCGAAAUAUUUUUGAAGUUCAUGAUAGGCGGUGAUAAAAUGCCGUGCAUGCAGUUAGUCUGUUUAUCAUUCCGCUUCUGGAGUCUGUGGGACAUCAGAAACGGACACUGCAAGGAGAAUGUUGAUUCAAACCUGACUGCGCACAUAGGCCAAGAAUGGCCAUUCUUCAUUGUGCCUGAACAAUCAGAGAAACUUAUGAAAGCUGGAAAUGGAACCCUACGGCCCUGGCUCCUGGCAGAUGAUCAGAUUGUGUCUCUUGGUGCUAUUAAUCAUUCAGCAAAUCUAGGAAGUGUUGGAAGAUCAACUAGAAAAAAUGGAACCAAUGUACAAGCCCCAUCAAAGAAGAAUGUGAAGGAUGGAGGAAGUCACCUGGCCUCAGACAAGACUGAAAAAGAGACAUUAAGGGAGCAAAGAAAAGAAACAAGAGGAAAUUCGCCAUUUUUAUAA